AUGCAGAUCUUUGUGAAGACCCUGAUGGGCAAGACCAUCCCGCUUGAGGUCGAACCCAGUGAUACUAUUGAGAAUGUCAAAGCCAAAAUCCAGGACAAGAAAGGUAUCCCACCAGACCAACAACGUCUGAUUUUUGCUGGAAAACAGCUAGAAGAUGGCCGAACCCUCUCUGACUACAACAUCCAGAAAGAGUCCACUCUGCACUUGGUGCUGCGUCUUCGAGGGGGCAUCAUUGAGCCUUCUCUUCGCCAGCUGGCCCAGAAGUACAACUGUGACAAAAUGAUCUGCCUCAAGUGUUAUGCCCACCUGCACCCCCUGGGCUGUAAACUGCUCUAA